AUGGCCCACAGGCCAGACAGGGACCCACCGGUCCUCCUCCCCCCUGGGGAGCUCGCUGGCCAGCACCGCACAGGACCCACCGGUCCUCCUCCCCCCUGGGGAGCUCGCUGGCCAGCACCGCACAGGACCCACCGGUCCUCCUCCCCCCUGGGGAGCUCGCUGGCCAGCACCGCACAGGACCCACCGGUCCUCCUCCCCCCUGGGGAGCUCGCUGGCCAGCACCGCACAGGACCCACCGGUCCUCCUCCCCCCUGGGGAGCUCGCUGGCCAGCACCGCACAGGACCCACCGGUCCUCCUCCCCCCUGGGGAGCUCGCUGGCCAGCACCGCACAGGACCCACCGGUCCUCCUCCCCCCUGGGGAGCUCGCUGGCCAGCACCGCACAGGACCCACCGGUCCUCCUCCCCCCUGGGGAGCUCGCUGGCCAGCACCGCACAGGACCCACCGGUCCUCCUCCCCCCUGGGGAGCUCGCUGGCCAGCACCGCACAGGACCCACCGGUCCUCCUCCCCCCUGGGGAGCUCGCUGGCCAGCACCGCACAGGACCCACCGGUCCUCCUCCCCCCUGGGGAGCUCGCUGGCCAGCACCGCACAGGACCCACCGGUCCUCCUCCCCCCUGGGGAGCUCGCUGGCCAGCACCGCACAGGACCCACCGGUCCUCCUCCCCCCUGGGGAGCUCGCUGGCCAGCACCGCACAGGACCCACCGGUCCUCCUCCCCCCUGGGGAGCUCGCUGGCCAGCACCGCACAGGACCCACCGGUCCUCCUCCCCCCUGGGGAGCUCGCUGGCCAGCACCGCACAGGACCCACCGGUCCUCCUCCCCCCUGGGGAGCUCGCUGGCCAGCACCGCACAGGAGCAACCGGUCCUCCUCCCCCCUGGGGAGCUCGCUGGCCAGCACCGCACAGGACCCACCGGUCCUCCUCCCCCCUGGGGAGCUCGCUGGCCAGCACAGGACCCACCGGUCCUCCUCCCCCCUGGGGAGCUCGCUGGCCAGCACCGCACAGGACCCACCGGUCCUCCUCCCCCCUGGGGAGCUCGCUGGCCAGCACCGCACAGGACCCACCGGUCCUCCUCCCCCCUGGGGAGCUCGCUGGCCAGCACCGCACAGGACCCACCGGUCCUCCUCCCCCCUGGGGAGCUCGCUGGCCAGCACCGCACAGGACCCACCGGUCCUCCUCCCCCCUGGGGAGCUCGCUGGCCAGCACCGCACAGGACCCACCGGUCCUCCUCCCCCCUGGGGAGCUCGCUGGCCAGCACCGCACAGGACCCACCGGUCCUCCUCCCCCCUGGGGAGCUCGCUGGCCAGCACCGCACAGGACCCACCGGUCCUCCUCCCCCCUGGGGAGCUCGCUGGCCAGCACCGCACAGGACCCACCGGUCCUCCUCCCCCCUGGGGAGCUCGCUGGCCAGCACCACACGGGAGCGCAUGGAGUUGUGCCAAAUGUUUGCCGUAGUCUUUCUUCGCCGAGGUUUUUCACGGCGACCCAAAGCUAUGGUAGUUGCCUCGCACCGAUUUAA